AUGCUCAGCAAAUCGAUCGCUACGCUCGUGCCUUGCCUUAUGAGCUUCUGUUCAGCCGCGAGCAUCAGCGGCAUCGCCACAUCCGACAAAGCUGUCAACAACCUCCAACGCAGAGACGUAGGCCCCUACACCUGGUGCGGUAUACAGAUUGAAUAUGAUGCGGAAAAGCCCAAACUUGCUCUCGGAUGGAAUCUCGCAUGGACCGGAAUGGGCUAUAACAUCAUUCCGACCGGUGCAGUCACCUCUGGAGCCUACACUCCGCCGCUCGCCGUCAGGGGCGGACACUUGGCAGCCAUGAUGACCGUCUCUGGCGACAACUUUGGCGUCUACAUCGGGCUUAAAGUUGCGCCGACCGGCGAAAUCCAAGGUAUCGGCGUCAUCGGCCUGACUGUCGACAAGAAGUAUCCUACCAUGAACCCCACAUUCGGCUUUCAAUGCAAGAUCGCAUCGGCCUACUGGAGCAUACGGAAAGUGCAAUUGCGACGACAGGCCACAGAUGCAGCAUGUCUCAUCGACGACCGAGCGACGAUCCCUACUUCCUGUCUCGUCGACCACCUGCAUACCGUACCCAUUCGAAUGGACAAGAUGCUGAGCACGAAGAUGAUCGCUGCGGCUGUACUUUCCCUCGCUGGCCUCUGUUCGGCUGCAAGCAUCCAGACCGAUUCGAUCAAGGCUCGUGGCCCGAACAUGCUUGAGCGUCGUCAUGACGGUGAGUACACCUGGUGCGGUAUUCAGAUCAAAUAUGACGCUGCUCAGCCCCCUCUGGCCAUCGGAUGGAAUCUCGAAUGGCUCUCGGAUACCUAUGACAUCGUCACGAACGACGUCGUCACGGCAGGAAGCUGCAGUCCCCCCGAGACGAUCGGAGAUACGCUCGUGCCCGCCAUCAUGGAUGUUGCCGGCAAGGGCUUCAGCGUGUCCAUGGAACUCAGGAUCGACUCUGAUGGCGAUAUCCAAGGCAUCGGAAGAGUCACCGUGCAAGUCAAUGGCAAGACGCCUACGUCGCCCCCUCAGUUUGGCUUCCAGUGCAGCAGCGAUCCUGGCCAGCUCAACAAGAUUACGAUCCCAGUGAGCCACGGCAUCGCGAAAUUUCAGUGCAGUGCUGAGACAGGACACACAGGCCUACUGAGCAUGAGCGGCAAAGCAGACUGACCGCACAAGAGCACUUAUGCCUGCUUUUCGUCCUGACCGUCCAGAAUGCAUUCGCCUUUCUUGCCCAUUCAUGUGUUCAAAGUCUCUUGACAUCACCUCCGUAAUACACGUACGAUUCUCAGGGACAAUCGAAGGCCUGGAUGCAUGCGUUGCACGAGCCGUCGGAGGCAGCAACACGGUGCAAUCUGUUUCGUAGAGACGGUCGCAUCUGCCUGUUGCCAUGCGGUAUUCCCACUGGACGGCAAGCGGACAAGGCCAGGAAUGAUGAAGCUGACGCUGACCAUGCUUGCGCUCACGCUUGCAAGCCUAUGCUCGGCCGCAAGCAUCGACACCAGCUCGAUGCAGGCACGCGAUGCCAACACUGUC